CCCCCCUCCUCUGGGAAAGCGCACAUUCCUAUUGUCCAAGAUGGCGGCGGCGUGCUGACAUGUUUCGAACCUUUUAUCCUCAUACCCGCCCUCUGUUCCACAGUUCGGUGCUCGGCUCGGUACCGGUGCUGCUCCACAGCCACCUCCCGACACACCAGUGACACCACCACCGCCGGAACCGACCAGGACAGCCGCAGGAACGGGAAGUUGGAGCUCCAUCAUCGUCUGACCAUGAAGCGGGCCGGGAGGGAGACGAGUCCGUCCAGAACCGCCGCAAAACGGACUCGGGAGAGAGAGAGAGACGGCGCACGGAGAGAGGAGCUUCCUCCGGCGCCGCUGGCUCUGCUGCUGGCGGAGAGCCGCGGAUAUCACCGCCGGAGCCGCAGCAGGGAGCGAGAGAAGCCGCGGCUGAGAGAGGAGCGGCCGGCCGCGCUGGAGCUCCACCACCGGGAGCUCGGACUGCUCGGUCGCCCGCCGCUGAGGACCAGCGCCGCCGAGCUUCCGCCCACCAGGUCUGGGACGCUGGAGUAUAAGACGCUGCUCAUCAGCAACCUUGGCUCGCAGGUGUCGGACGAGGACGUGGAGGACGCGCUUUUUCACGACUUUAAGAAGUUCGGUGACGUCAGUAUCAAACUGUCGCACACGCCGGAACUGGGCCGGAUCGCUUACGUGAACUUCCGCCAUCCAGAGGACGCUAAAGAGGCCCGGCACGCCAAGUCGUCCAGGUUAGUCCUCGGUGAGAGGCAACUGAAAAUUGAGCCCAUGUAUGUGAGGAGGAGGAGCGUGACCCCGCCGGACGUGGCUUACUUACCUCUGCACGCCCCGUACCCGUACAGACAGCGCUCCCUGUCCCCACCAGGGCCUGGGGUCAGCAACUUGCGGGACCUCAGGGCCAGACACUACGCCCUAGAGAGCCUGGGUCUCGGUCGAGAGCGGGAGCGGUUGCUGGACUACUACGGGAUGCUGGACGACCGGGGCCGGCCAUACGGGUUGCCCGCUGCCACUGUGGUGGAGGACCUGAAGCCAGAGGACGACCAACGCGCAACCAGCAACUUGUUCAUCGGAAACCUGGAUGGAAAUGUGACGGAGGCCGAGCUGAGGAGAGGUUUUGACAAGUAUGGCAUCAUUGAGGACGUGGUCAUCAAGCGACCGGCACGCGGUCAAGGUGGCGCCUACGCUUUUGUCAAGUUCCAGAACCUGGACAUGGCCCACCACGCUAAGGUGGCCAUGCAGGGACGCUCCAUAGGUGGCAACCCCAUAAAGAUUGGCUAUGGAAAAGCAAACCCCACCACGCGACUGUGGGUGGGCGGGCUUGGUCCUGGAAACUCCCUCGCCGCCCUGGCCAGAGAGUUUGACCGCUUUGGGAGCAUACGGAACAUUGACUACUCCAAGGGGGACAGUUUUGCCUACAUUCAGUAUGAGAGUCUGGACGCCGCCCAGGCUGCCUGCACGCAGAUGAGGGGGUUUCCACUCGGCGGUCCAGAACGACGACUGCGGGUGGAUUUCGCCAAAGUUGAAGAGAGCCCAUCCCGUCCCUUCCCACCCGGGUACCAACAGCCUCUCCAAGCACCCGCCCACUAUGAUGUCCUUGGGGAGGUGUACGGCCGCCACCGCAGCCUGGAGCGAGAGCUGAGAGGACCGAGGGACCGCUCUCCCCCUGCCCCCCACAGCCUCCUCACUCAGAGGGAGCGAGAGCGCGCCCUGCUGGACAGAGACUUCCCCACCAGCCCCGUCAGAAGCCUGGAGAGGAGAGCAGCUGGCGUGGAAGCGUUUGGGAGGCGGAGGAGCCGCAGCAGGAGUCGUGAGCGCUGGCUGAAAGAGCGAGAGGAGCGUCGUGGACGUCGGCGGAGUCGCAGCCUGUCAGCUGACCGGCAGGCUGAGGACCGAGAGAAGGAGAAGGGGCGAGUAAGGGUGAGGCCGCCCGGAGGGGCCACUACUCCUGAGGCCAGUCCUGACCGAGCUCGGGUCCGUGCUCCAGACUCCACCACGGAACCAAGAGACCACUCCCCUGACAGUGGAGGGGCGGGGCAUCACGACGACGUCGCUCCUGGACGCCACCACAAACGCGCCUCCGACCACCUCAACAACCAUCACCACAGGAACAGCGAGGGUGGCGCUGCUGGCUCCCCUGCCUCACACCCCCCCUCUUCUCCCAGCUCCCUGUCAGAGUUUGCUCAGUCGUCGUUGUCUCGGACUUGGCGUGGCUUCUUUGCACUGAAGAACAGCAGCUUCCCAACGGACCUGUAUCUGCUGGAGGGUGGCGCGGUGUACUUCAGCGCCAUUAUGAGGCAGCAGAACCAGUCAGCGCAGCUCAAGAUUGCGCAGCGUCUUCGCAUGGACCAGACACGCCUGGACGAGGUUGCCCGCCGGAUCAAGCUGGGACGGCCAGAUGGCUUUGCCAUCCUGCUGGCACUGCAAGGGCCCGUGGAUCGCCAGGUGCCAGCCACAGAGCCGGGCCUGCAGGUGCGCCUGCUGCGCCACUUGGUCACCUACCUGCGGAACAAAGAGGCAGCCGGAGUUGUCAGCCUGCCUGCCGCCAAGGAGGGGGGCCCGGGGGCCAUGUUAUAUGCCUUCCCCCCCGGUGAGUUUUCGCAGCAGUACCUGCAGGCGGCCAAGAGGACGGUGGGGAACCUGGACGAGGAGCACAUGGUGAUUGUGAUUGUCAAUGACACCAACUGACGCAGACACCAAACUCUUUUUUUCCACAAGUGUUUUAUAACUGACCUGUCCCCAGGGGGCGCAAUAAUGCACCUGAGAAACUGUUGUGGCUCCUUUUUAUUGACUUUUGGAUGUUUGUUUUCUGUUUGCCGACAAAACUCUGAGCAGUUUGGGGGAGGACGCAGGUUCAAUUUCGGGUAGCUGAUGGGAAGCAUCUGACUUGAACGUAGACCAACGUUGACGUGACACUUUUAGAGAAAUAAAGGUUUUUAAAAUAUCAUUCAAAAUUUAUUUUCUUGGAAACGGCCAGGCAGUGUGAAACUUAUUCAGAGAUGCUAAGAUGGGGCUCUGAGAUCUUCGAACGAUCAGCGGUGUCAGUUCCUUUCAGUGCUUGCGGCGGUGUUGACAGUCGUGUGACAAACACAAAUGUUUUUAACGAGCAGCAGAAACCGCCGCAAUAAUGACGCACACUAACGUUGUGAGGAGAGAUGUUUGUCAGAGAUGUUCUAAAGAUGUUUAAACAUUGGAAAAAAAAAAUCAUGGUUCUUAUUCCAACAAACACUAACACCCCUCUGUAUAUUGUUCAUUCCAGCGCCCUCUUGUUGUUGUGGUCGGUGCAUGCAGAAAAUUUUAUUUUGUCUAAAAUCUGUGACGACUUGAAAACACGAGUUGAUCUGAAGCCUGUGUCUGUUGUUGUUUCUGCAUCACAUCAGAGCAGACAGUCUUCGCCUCACUUUGCUUAAAGGAGUGUGAGUUCAUGUUGUUGAGGUGACGAUGAACACUGACAUGAAUAGUUAUUGUCAAAGCAGAAAACGCUUUGCCUCAUGUGUCUGAUGCAGAACUUGUGCACUCAACUUGUUAAAUAUGAUCCACGACAGUCUUUUAACAGUACUGCACACAUGAACAACGUGAACACUGAACGGAGACGUUUCUAUUCACUCAAUAGGUUUUAAUGUGUACUACUCCCCGAUAGUAUUGCUGUCUCCUCUCAUCGGCCUCAAUUUUUCGUCAAAACCUUGAUAUUCAACCCAUGAACACAGGGGGGCGCUACUGAAACCGAGACGCUUUCUGUUUCUACCUAAUGUCACCACAGGAUGGCGCCAGAAUAUCUCGAAUAUGACUCCCUUAGACAUGCGUGUCACCGAUCUACAGGAACAAGUCGAUACUAGAGUUUUAUUAAGAUUGUACAGAUUAUUGUCUGGAGAUUCUUUGCAUAGACAAGUUUAACAUGCAGACGAGUCACACUAUAGCAGUGUGAACUUUGAGCUGUGUGACCUUAGUAGUAAACAAAUAAAAAUUAAAAAGCGAAAAUAAAUAAUCUAGCGAUAUUCACUACUUGUUUGUGUGUAAAUGUUCCUCACA